CGCAUGCUCAUACUGGGCGGGACCAUAUGCUGGCGGUCACGAUGGUCACCCAAACUUUUCACAUCUGUAGUAAAGUUGAACAGGAGGCCACUCCUCAUUAGGAAAGGAGAGGAAGAAGAAACAAAACACAAGAACAGUUAGUUACAAUUUAACUUUUUAGGUUUAUUUUGUAUUUUUGUUGCCUUGGAUUCUAUUCUCAUAUUAAUAAUCUAUUUUUUUUUUUGUAUCGCUCGGGUUUUAUCUCUUUUUUUUUUUUUUGUGGGAAAUAUCUUAACGUUAGCUAUAUCCACAACAUACCGUGAAGAUGGGACGUUUCAUCUGAGACGUGUUUCGCGGAUUAGGGAUGGUGGCUUUGUUGCAGCCCAGGUUUUGGUAAAUAAUCCAAGGAAGUCAUCUGCAGAACCAGCUCACCAUGGGUCCCCUCACCACACCUAAAAAAGGAAGGGAAGCGGGUUCCGUCGACCCCUGGACGCCGACCUCCAACCUUAAAAUGCUCAUCAGUGCCGCUAGUCCUGACAUCAGGAACCGAGAGAAGGAGCUGUGCAUGGACAACGACGACCGGGACGGUCUCGACGCUUCACAGGACACUGAAAAUGGAGAAGAGUUGGAGAAAAUGAUCAGCAGGAAGGAGAAGAGUCUGGGUUUGCUCUGUCAUAAGUUCCUCGCCCGCUACCCUGAUUACCCAAACCCUGCCCUGAACAACGACAUCUGCCUGGACGAUGUGGCCACUGAGCUCAGCGUAGAGCGCCGGCGCAUCUACGACAUCAUGAACGUGCUGGAGAGUCUGCAUAUGGUGAGCCGCUCGGCCAAGAACCGCUACACGUGGCACGGCCGGACCAAACUGGCCCAGACACUGGCCAUUUUGAAGCAGGUGGGCGAGGAUCAGCGGUACGGCCAGCAGAUGCUGCACAUCCGGCAGCGUCUCCUGGACAAGGAGUUUGACCUCGACGGGGAGGAGAAGGAGAACGAGGAGGCGGCGAAGCUGGAGAGCGGGGAGCAGGGACAGAAGGAGCUCUUCUUCGUGGAGCUGCCGGGAGUCGAGUUCAAAGCGGCCUCCGUUAACAGUCGGAAGGACAAAUCGCUGAGGGUGAUGAGCCAGAAGUUUGUCAUGCUCUUCCUGGUGUCGGAUCCUCGCGUGGUCAGUCUGGACGUGGCCGCCAAGAUCCUGAUCGGAGAGGACCAGGGCGCAGAUCAAGACAAGAACAAGUUCAAGACCAAAGUGCGGCGGCUGUACGAUAUUGCGAAUGUGCUGCGCAGCCUGAAACUCAUCGAGAAAGUCCACGUGACAGAAAUGAGGGGCAGGAAACCGGCCUUUGAAUGGGUCGGCCCCGACGAAUUCCCACAAGUCAAAGACCUGGAGAGCUCCACUUCCGAGUGCGCAACCGCGAAGAAAAGUGUUCUGGAGUCCCGAGCGUCUGUCGACAACUGCGCCAAGAAGCUAUUUUCCUCGCCCGGGGCCAAACGCGGCUUCACCCGGCACCCCUCGCUCAUAAAGCUGGCCAAGAGCAUUCAGGACGACCGGCGGAAGAUCAAUUCUGCCCCCAGCAGUCCUGCCAGGAGCGAUUCAUCAACCGCGUCCUCCCGAAACAAAAUGGCCCAACUCGCUGCUAUUUGUAAGCUCGAGCUCGACCAGAAGUCACGGAUCAGAGUUGAGGCUUCAAAGCCCGCUGCUGCCGCUGAGGCCGACACUGCUGCUACGAGACGAGAGACGCCCUCCGUUUCGAUGGAGCCGCCUCAGGCACUGUUACUAACUCCAACCCCGGAGACGAUCGUCCACCUCACGCCCAACACGCCGCUGGCGGCCCUGCCCCCGGGCUCCGUCGCCUACAUCCCCACCCAGUGUUCGCCCCUGAUCCCCGUCCUGCUGCAACAGCAGCAGCACCGGGGUGGCAUGCCCUACGCCGUGUACUUGCAGUCUUCUUCCCCGCGGCCGACCUCUCUGGUCAGGCCGCAGCCGACCAGCCUCGCCGUGCGCUCUAUGACCUUUGAGGACAAGGCCGGGCAGAGCCCCACGGGCCAGUGUGCAGCCAUGAGCCUGCCGGCCUUCAGGGCGUCGGACGUCAGCCCGCUGGUGCUCAAACGGUUGCUUUUAGAUUCGGCUUUAGAGAGCAGCCCCUCGAAGGCCAAGAGGGCCGACCCCAGCUGUAAGGAAACGUCUCCAAAGCUGUGUGAGAUCCUGCAGGCCCGCCUGAAGGCUCGCCAGCUCUCGAGCCGGCCCUCGCCCCGGGCCCUCCACCUGGACCCGGAGUUUGUCAACACCCCCGCCGGCGCCGUAGCCCAUCAGACACUAGCGCAGACCCUGGAGACCUUCCUGGACAGAGAGGACAGCGAGAACGGAUUAACGGCCGUCAGAGUCGUUCCGCUCACGCCGGGACACCUCCACGCCGAGACUUUAGUACCGGCCGGGUACCUGAUCCCAAUCUCUCAGCAGUCGCUCAUCAGCUACAAUUCAGCAAUUCAAGAUUCAGGGAGAGAAAGCAACAAGGCCUCAACUCCCACUUACAACAUCUACCAAACGCCAACUGCAGGCUCCAGACCCGCCCUCGCCCAGGAGAUCACGCCCAUCAGCCUUCGUUUUCACAAACCCGCCGCGGCCACCUCGCCGCACGCCAUCCAGCAGGGCCACCGCCUCCACAGCCCCAGUCCCGCCAUCCUAAACUUCACCCUGCAGAACCUGGGCCUGAUCUCCAGCCCGGGAAACGCUUUCGCCGCCCUCCCGACUCCAGAGUGCGUCAACACCCUGCCCAGCCCGCUGGCUCUGCAGCAGAGAGGCAUGGUGUUCAUCAAACCGGUGUCCCCCGUGCCGGUCCAGCAGCCGGUUUCAGGGCAACCGAUGGCCCUGUUCAGUGUACAGCAGCCUCUGAUGACCACCCCCAAAGGCACGGGGCUCCCCCAGCAAAGCUUCUUCCACACGCCGGUCCCCGGCUCCCCGCUGGCUGCCAUGGUAACCACCACCGGCGGACACCUGGCCCCCAAAACUGUUUACAUCCCUCAGAGGAAGCUGGACGUCGCCACUGAGGACUCCUGAGGGGAAACCCAUGUGAUGACUGUGUACAUUAUGGAUUUUGUGGGUGGGUGACUGUCUUUCAAAAAAACAAAAAAAAACAUUUCUGUUUUGAGCCUUUCAAGUAUUCAUUACCUCCUGAAUAUUUCACCGCCUUCGUUCUGGACCCAGCCAGCUCUAAAAGUAGCUGCCAUGCAGACCGUGGUUGUGGCCGCGUGGACAGAUAUCCAAUAAAGCUCUCCGGGCACUCGUGAACACUGUCGUCAUGCCGACCGUGAUGCUGGUAGAAAAGAACCACGUCGCCAUGACCUAAUGGAGGAGAAUUUAUUUUCUUGUUGAUUCUUUUGUGAUUUCUGUUAAUGUGGGUGAUUGCAAACGCCAAUUUUCCUUUUUUUUUAAUUUUCAAAUUACCAAGAGAACAAAAAUCAGUGCUGUAAAGACCGAAAGACGGUUUUGAUUGGGCACAUUGUCGAUUGAUCAUUGACUUUUGCACAAAAUAUACAUGUUAACUGUUACCCCUGUUUAAAAAAAAAAAAUGAAUUUAAGAAUGUGUGUGUGUGAUUCUAAGAUUAAUGAAAUGAGUUUAAUUUAUAUGGAAAUCACCUUUUGUUUUCUGAUGUCUUGCUAAAUGUAAAAUGCUAAUUCAAUUUUAAUACAUUUUUUUUUCUAUGAACACGGUGUGAUGUUGGUCUGUUAUUCGUGCAGUGGUUCUCAACCUUUUUCCAGUGAUGUAUGAAAUAUUUUCUCCUAACCAGCGCAAAGUAUUGGUUUAAAAAAAAAAAAAAAAAAGUCGUAAUGCACAGUGCUGUGCCAUAAGUGUCUGAUUUAAUAUACAAUAUAUAUACACAAUUGAGUUUAUGAACGUACACUUAUAUUUUAUUGAAUAUUUAUUAAAUAAAUAAAUUUUUGAAUGGA